GACUGAUGACCUGAGUAUUCCUCACCUCUCAUCUGAUGACCGCUGGAGAUACCCACCCAGUGGCCCAGCAAGGAUAAGUUGUGACUGCCAAAAACCACCUUCUGCCUCUAAAAUUAGGUCUACCAAAAGAGCUGCAGCAGUAAAGAUCUAAUGAGAACCCAUGUGUGCUGGGUGUGGUCUAGAAGGAGUAUUUACGUCUAAGCAGGAGCUGAUUGCCCUGUGUGGAGGGGGGGUAAAGACCAACGCAGAAAAAGUGGGAAAAACGGGAACCUUAGAUGUCACUGGAUCUGUUUUGUCUGCCAGAACCCAUCUCCAUCACUGCCACAUCAGCUGGUACCAAGGUUGUGAGGUCGUCCAAACAUCUGGCCCCUCCGCCAUGUUUAUGAGAAAGGGGGCAGUGUUGCCAAAGGACAACUUGGUCUGUGAUGGAGAAGCUAGAGUGACUACCUUCACAUUGGCAUCCCUGAGCCACAACAGCAGCCCAGAAAAGCAUCCCAACACCAUGACGCUGCCAUCAACAUGCUCCACUGAGGAGAUCGGCGUGUCCAGAGGGCAGGAGAGCCUCCAUAAGAAGACAGGAGAUGGACCCAGACGGCUCUCCAGGGGGAGCAGCACAUCCACGAACAUGCUCGAUGGCAGCUUUAUGGAUUUCAUUCAACUUAAAGAUUUUUUUUCUUGCUAUCAGCAGAGGCCAGACUCUCAUGCUGUUGAGUUUGGAUUUUCAUCGUGUUUGCGACAAGGGGCGAGGUGUAAUAAUCAUGAUAUGGCAAACAUAGGAGGCGCUCUUUUUGGCUACAUUGACAACUGGAGUUUAAAGAAAUGAUGCAGAUGCAGAUGAUGGUCAUGGCUUCCUACAGAGACGCAACAACAAACUGUUUCUUUGUCACAACAUUUCCUCCAGCCUAUUCGGUGGGAAAUGAUCUUAAAUUUAAAGUGUUUCUGAACAUAAAACGAGUGCUGAGUGCUUAUUUUGAACACAUUUUAAGAAACCCGCUUCUUAAAAAUGGAUGAAUGGAUGGCUCCUCCAUCCAUCCGUCCAUCCAUCCUCCAGUCAUUUAUCAGAUGACAAUUUCUCAGACUCGUGAAAUUAUUUGAUUCUGUCAAAGCACUCCGAACUGAAACUGUAACAAAUAAGAUGAAUUUGAAAUGUCUUCGCUACUUUUCAAAUCUGUUCCUCGAAUUUAUGCAGAAUUAUAUUUCCUCGGGUUGAUAUUUAGCGCUCUGCUAGUCGCCUGCUGUGGUAGAAGAUUUUGUCGGGGCCACAUUUUCCGACCUUUUGAUAUUAAUUUAAUGUGACAUUGGUCUUAAGCAGCUCUGCUCAAGUAUGCUCCCUGUAUGUACACAGCGGGGUUAUUACUGCUUUGAUGUACUUGAAUUUUAGGGACAUAUUACAGGGCGAAAAUGAUGAGAAAAUGACGUAAAAUAAUUACAUUUCUAAGAAAAGGAAUCUACCAGCAUUUAUGUUUACUUUAUAAAUUCUGGUGAAUUAUUUCACAAAUUUCAGCUGGAAUGUGUUCACCCCUGGUGUCUUCGUGUUUGCGCAUUUUGUUAAUCUGAUUUGCUCGAAUAAAACAAGCCAUUGAAGGUUGCAUGCGAGCGAACGCCGAUGUGUAGACUUUGCGCAGUCUGAAUCCCGCACUGCACGAUUUCCGCUUCCACGCCGGCUGCAGGCGAGUGAAACAAAAGGCUGCAGAUUUCAGCACCACAGAAGGUGGACAGCGCUGCUGGCAGCCUGUGUUGGGAUGGAAGGCUCCUAUUGCUCUAUUGGACACACACACACACACACACCCCCACCCACAAACACACACACACACCCACACACACCCCACCACACGCUAGGAGCAUGUAUGCUGAGAUGGAAUCAGAACUUCCUCAUAUGCAAUUACUUUAUUGUUAAAAAAAAACAAAACAAAAAAAACACAGGCAGUACAUAAAUUAUAAACUU